AAUUUUAGUAGGUAAGAGCGCAAUCCAAAUGGGUAACAAGGUGGAUUUGAACUCGUAACUACAGUACAGAUUGCAACUUCUUGACUAUCAAAUUGUUUUUGCUAGGAGGAAUUACAUAACCUCAUGCAUCUGAUAGUAUAUAUGCAGCACUCGACACAAUCAAAAGUAAAUUUGGAUUAGGUCAAGUAGAAGUUGACAAUUGGAUCUUCUUCAGAUUUUUUUUUUUAAUCCCUGUUAUCUAUUCUGAGAAAUUGGAUAAGUUUAACUGAAACCACAGCUAAAGCAAUCACUACUAAUGAGUCUCACCAAAACCACUCCACUUAAUCAACUAUUACAACAAACUAAUACUUCAAAGCUUGGACCACACUACAUCAUGCAACUAAUCUCCAAAUUACUCAACAACCCCAUCUUAACCUGCAAUUUAUAUAGAGCACACACCAUUUGCUCUGCAGUGGCAUUAUCCAUUCAAACCUAGAUUUUACUGUCCAUCCAGAGAAUACCAAUCGUCCAGCUUAGAAAAAUUCCAUCAAGAUAGAUUGAAUUGACGAAUUAUACUUCUUUCAUGGCUCGCGCAAUACUACACUUGCAAAACAAUUUCACUAGCCUAUCUCAUGUAGGCUUUGCCAUCGGAAUGAUGUUCCUGUGUGCGCUGGCGCUCUUCAUGUGCGCCACCCAUUCAAGGAAAUGGAAGCGUAAGUGGAGAGCAUGUUAUGGCUAUGGUGAUCAACAUGACCCUGUUAUUCAACUCAACCAUGAAGAGUUUGAUCAGAGUUACCAUUUUGGAGGUGUUGAUCCAAGCACAUGUAGUGGUGAAGUCUCAAUCUGGAAGAAGAAUAUAAUCAUGGGUGGAAAGUGCCAGCUUCCUGAAUUUUCUGGUGUCAUUAUUUAUGAUACUGCUGGAAAUUUAAUUAAUCCCAAAGCUCCUCGUCCUCUUGCUCUUCCAUGGAAAGAAUAGUGUUCUUUGUGUUCCUUUUGUUUUCUGGACCAGAAAUUCAAUAAUCCACAUGGAAUCUUUGAGAAAUGAAAAGUACUUCCAGGCAUUCAUGAAGAGGAUUAAAGGGUGAAUACUGUUCUCAUAUCUUAUGUACUGAUAGUUUAUUUACUGCUUUUUAUUAUUCUUAAUCUAUUGAGGACCAAGUGGGCAGUCUAUAAAUGAUACACUCUGUUUAUGGUUUUUUCUUUAA